AUGGGAGAAGUUGUUGAGCUAUUCCCAGUAGAUAGUGCUGUCAUUCUGAGACAUGAACGGGUUUUGGUUAAGCAGAUGUUGCAUAUAUUCUCUGAGGGCGAGUUGAUGCAAGGCCCGAUGGAUAAACAUCCAAGAAAGAGCGUAGAAAUACCAGACUUUACUGGUCCAGAGAAGUUCAAAGAUGAGUCAACUUCAGCUUACCGUAUGAUUCAGACGGAUCCUCUUGGAGAGAGGAAAAUUUCAAUUACGGGAGAAUUAAUGGGUGGCAGAGAGUACCUGUGCCACACUUUUAAAUUGAAAGAAGUUUCUAACAGGUUUGUGCUAGUUUCUCAUCUGGUAGAUACACUUGGAUACGAGGGAAAUGAGGAAAAUUUCUUAACAGAGUUUAAUCAACUCUUGCCAAUAGAACUUACUAGCGAUAUCAAGGACUUGCUUAUCGAGAAGAAAUUUCUUUCAGAUUCGGAUGAGAACGUCAAGUACGUCACUCUCAAGUCUGCAUUUGCGCAGUUUGGAGCAGCGCUGGUCGCAUGCGGAGAACGAGUCAUUGACGAUUACUGGGAAACCAUUGCAAAGAGGCAGGAACUGACUGCUCACCAUAGAGUAUUUAAGCUUUCUAAAAGGCUCGUGAGUAAACUAAGGAUUUUGAAACCGUAUAUCUUUCCUGAAGAACAUCAGCAACCUGCAAAUCUGACUGAGGAAAGUCCCUCUUUUGAGUCCCCGUGGUUGACAGUGACAGAGCAAACUUCACUGGAUGUUAGGCACCAAUGGGGCAAAGAAUUCAGUUACGGUGAACAUAUUAACGCGGUUGUUCCUGGUCAAAGCAUUAAUGGGUCUCUGGAUCUUAGUGCUCAAUGUAAGAUACCAAAAUACCAUAGCAAAAAUUCCUUCCAACAGGCAGUGCAAAUGAAAGCUUUAGAUUUGCCAAUUGGUUCCGCUGUGCAUUCCGCUGCUAUAAAGACGCCAAUCACCAAGCAAGAAAAUACACCUUCAAUUCCACAGCCUGCCAAGAAAGCCAGUAAUCGCAUCCUUAAUAGUAUACUGGAUAGUGGGACUUCAAAUAAAACGAAGAAACCAGAUGUUUUGGAGGAAACUGUGGGACAAAAUGCACCAGGCUCAACUAACGAAACUCUAAACAUUAAUGGCUGGAAGUUUGACUCGCUACCGCUGAGAUCAGCCGGAAUUUUGCAAUCGCAACGUUCUCUAAAAGGUCUCCCAUUCUAUGAUCAGGACAAGCUGGUAGCGAGGGUUAAGAAAUUGACACCCAAUCAAGUACAGAAGAUAGAACAUAUACAUGACUCCGUAUUUCUCAAUGUCGGGCUACAAAAUCUUCGAAAUACAAGGUCUCAGAAAUGGUCCAAAUAUUGGCAAUAUAAAUCAGGCGUUCCUAUCGGUCUACUCAGCGACAAGGUUGAUUACUUUAGAGACCAAUACUUGAAGGAUGCAUUGGAGGAAACAAGUUCGGUGACAAACUACAUUCCUGAGAGAAACGUUGACGAAAUUGAUAUUACUACCAGAGAGGCCAAUGCGAACUACAUAGGUCAUUCGAACAUCCAUGGUUUCAGACCUCCCUACAGAUCAUAA